AUGAAGCUGGCAGAAAAACUGUGGGCUUCGGAAUCCCAUGACACAGCUCUGGCGAGUGGAAAGGAUGGUUCUGACGGGCUUGAAAUGUAUGCACUUUCUGGCGAUACUGUGGCCCGCAAUGGCCCUCACGGCGGCGGUGAAAAUGAUGGCAGUUCCCAGGAGUCAGAACUGCACGGUGACGUACAGGAUGGCAAGGUCAAGCGUGCACUCAAACCGCGGCACAUUUCGAUGAUCGCUUUGGGAGGUACUAUCGGAACAGGUCUUUUCGUGGGUAUCGCUACGCCAUUGAACUGCGCUGGUCCCGUUGGCUCGCUCAUUUCGUACAUAUUUGUGGGGUCUAUUGUUUAUUUUGUCACACAGUCUUUGGGAGAGAUGGCAACGUUCAUUCCAGUCACCUCAUCCAUCACCGUGUUUUCUAACAGGUUUCUGUCUCCUGCGUUUGGGUUUGCCAACGGAUACAUGUACUGGUUUAACUGGGCCAUCACCUAUGCUGUUGAGCUUUCGGUGAUUGGACAAGUCAUUCAGUACUGGACUGACGCGGUUCCUCUGGCUGCCUGGAUCGCCAUUUUCUGGGUUUUAAUCACGCUGGCAAACUUCUUCCCUGUCAGGUUUUAUGGUGAAGUGGAGUUUUGGGUGGCCUCGAUCAAAGUCAUUGCCAUUGUCGGAUACCUGAUAUAUGCGCUGGUCAUCGUGUGUGGUGGAUCAAGACAAGGCCCUAUCGGUUUCCGCUACUGGCGCAAUCCUGGUCCUUGGGGCGAUGGUAUCAUAGCAAGCAGCAAAGGUGAGGGCCGUUUUCUCGGAUGGGUUGCUUCCCUCAUCAACGCCUCUUUCACUUAUCAGGGCACUGAGCUUGUCGGAAUCACCGCUGGUGAAGCUGCGAAUCCCAGAAAGACAGUUCCCAGAGCUAUUAACAAGGUGUUUUUCAGAAUUCUGUUCUUUUACAUUCUUUCUCUCUUUUUCGUGGGACUAUUAGUGCCUUUCAAUGACGCCAGCCUCACAGAAGACACCACCGCCUCUCAGAAGAUCAUCGCAUCCUCUCCUUUUGUGAUUUCCAUCGAGCAUGCUGGGACUAAAGCCCUGCCAGACAUAUUUAAUGCCGUCGUUCUCGUCACGAUUAUAUCUGCGGCUAACUCCAAUGUCUAUGUGGGCUCUCGGGUUUUAUUCUCACUGGCGCACACUGGUAUCGCCCCCAAACAUUUUGGCUACGUCACCAAGCAAGGUGUUCCUUACCUGGGGGUCAUCGUAACAGCCUUGCUAGGCCUCUUGGCGUUUUUGGCCACCAAUGACAAUGCUAACGAGGGCUUCAACUGGCUGAUCAACAUAUCGACUCUGGCUGGGUUAUGUGCAUGGUUUUUUAUUUCGGUUGCGCACAUCAGAUUUAUGCAAUGCCUUAAACUGCGCGGUAUCUCGCGCAAUGAUCUACCCUUCAAGUCUAAAUUCAUGCCCUGGGGUGCAUACUAUGCAGCAUUUUGGGUAUUUGUCAUUAUAUUUGUUCAAGGUUUCCAGGCUUUCUCUCCAUCCUUUGAUGUCUCCGCCUUUUUCACUGGUUACAUCUCUUUGAUCUUACUGGUGGUCGUGUACCUUGGUGCCCAGCUAUACUACAGAUGCAGGUUCUUGACUCGUCUGGAAGACAUCGACAUCGACUCUGACAGAAGAGAGAUCGAGAGUGUCAUUUGGGAGGAUGAUGAACUCAAUAACAUUUGGGAUAAAUUUUGGGCUGCAAUUGCCUGA